AAAACCUUUCCAUCAACAAGAACAAAAGCCUUGAAGCAACAAGAUUACACAUUAGCAAAAGAAAGAAGAAAAAAAUGCAGAAGAUGAAUUCAAAGGGAGCUGAAGUUGCUACACCCACUCAAAUAUAUGAAGAUUUUGUGCCAUCUUCAAAGCUAGUUAAGGAAGAACAUUCUGACACUCUUCACCUUACUCUUCCAGGUUUCAAGAACGAACAGAUGAGGGUUCAACUGACCAAAACAGGAAUUCUGAAGAUCAGUGGACAAAGGCCAAUUGGGCAGAAUAAAUGGCAGAGAUUUCAGAAGGAAUUUCCAGUUGCAGAAAAUUGUGACCAAAGCAAAAUCAGUGCAAAGUUUGAAAAUGGCACACUUUAUAUUAAACAACCAAAACUGAUAACUUCAUCAGUGAAAAAAGAUAAGGAAUUGGCAGCCACAGAAGCUGAGAAUAGCCCUGCAGCUAAAAGACAGAAGAUCCUCUUUAAGAGAUGAAUUUAGUAAGCA